CAGAGUUCAAAGAUUGAACAAAAAACAACCAAGAACAAUUCCAAUAAUUUCUUGUUGGAAAAGGGAUAUGUCACUUGAAAGGAUAAAAACAGAAAAUGAUUUGAACUAUGGAUAUGGAAAAGUCCUUCCAAGAAUAGAAGAAAAGCCUGCAGACAAUCCUAAGGUACAAAAUGAUCAUUUAUAAAUUAUGAAAUGUUCAAUAUCAAAACACAUAAUGUCUUAUAUGAUUUUUCUUAUAUGUUCUAUAAAUGACAGGUCUUUAUGAAUGAAUUUGCAUCAAUGGUACAAGAAGUUGGUGCAUCUUUGGCAAGACUUUCUACCAAAUUGGUUAAGGAAAAAGAGCUCUUCCCUGGGAAUCAAUUGGUCAAGAAGGUAGAUGAAGUGUUGGGAAAGAUGGCAAGAGAACCAUCAAUUCUCAGCCAAGAUGAAGAAAUAUUUGGAUCAGAGGAUUUUUUGAAUGCCAUAGCUCAAAUUGAGAAGGAACUGAUGGAGGCAAGUGAAGCAGAAAAAAAGAAAAUAGGAAAUGAGAAGGAAUAUGAUAUAAGGAAGGCAUUCAGUUUGGGUUGCAACUUAACUCCCCCAACUCCAACAACUGAAGCACAGAUUAAUGUUGCAGCAACAACUUCAACAACAACUGAUGCAAAUGUUUCCUCUAAGCCAGAAGAGGGUAAAGCUUUAAUAUCUAUGUACAAUUAUGAAAAGUAUAAUGUUCAUUUAUAA